AAGAGAGGGAGGUACAGAGACUACACAUAAAUGAAUAGGCAAUUUUUUUGAAGGCUCUGUAGGAGGAAAAAUACUCUGUUCCCACUGCUGCAAUGAAGCUGAUUGGAAGGAGCAGUCGAACAGGUCAACAGGUGAUUGUGAGAUGAUUUGAUCCCAUCCAGACUCUAUCCCUGAUGCAAAUGCCCACAAAAUUCCUGAGAAAACAAGAUGACAAGUGUGAGUAAUCAAUCACAGAGAACAAGCAUUGUGCUAUAGUACAAUCUCCAGGCUGCUUUCCGUGGGUGAUGUCUCAGUCAGGCAAAAUAAUUCACCUGUAUGUGGAGGUGAGAUCUGUAGAUGAAGAGGCAAAAGACCUGGGAGAUGUGAAGGAAACAGACACCCUCAUGUUGCCAGCACCAGAUAUUCUUCAUCAGUCUCAGUAUGGUGUCCCUAAUGCCCCACAUGGCCAGAUCUCCCCUCGUGGAGUCCUGCAUAAAGCUGGCAGCAGCACACAGAGCCUGGCCUCCAGUAAAUCAACAUCCAGACACUCAGUAAGUUUUCAGCUACAUCCAGGGCAUGACCAAUUAGACCAACCAGCCAUCCAACACCAACAGAGCCUACCUUAUGAUGAGACAAACCAGUUACUCUCUGCCCUUCAAACAGUGCCCACAGGAAAUACAUGUCACCUGGUGUGUGCUCCAUUGGAAAGUGACUCCUUCUAUGUGAGGGAAUCUCAUUUCUCAGGAUGGUUUACUCCCCCUCCUACACCCAGUGCAACUCGCAAGGCCUGCAGCCCAUCUAUACGAGGGGAGGAAGGGAAGCACUCUAUUGCCACUUUCAGUUACAUUGAAAAAGCUCAAAUUAAGUCUGUGGAGGGUCAGUGUAGCACUUUGGGCCAAAGCGAGCCUCAGAAUCCAUUGAACAAAGCCAUGGAAGAUCGAGCUACUCCCCUCAACCUCAGGAAGAGGCUUAGUGACCCAGUGUGGUUCAACAGCUUGGAGUCCAUGAAUAGCUGUAGCUCAAAAAACAUUAGUCAAACUCUGCGAAACUCACAUAUGGGCACCCCUAUAUUCAGACAGGCAAUUUUAGACUCCACUGCCAGAGAAGCCACGCAUAGUGCAUUGGAGGAAUAUGGCUCCCCACAACUUAGGAAAAGACUGGCCACCAACAGUCCUGAUAGAGGACAUGACAUCAGGAGAAGAGAGCAACAUACGCUGUCGGUCUUGGUCUGGGUCACCCAUGUUGCCAUGCAGUUCUAAAUCUCUGCCCUUUAACACAACACUUGUAGACCAUGAGCGGAACAGAUCUUUGUACAGACUUACCAGGAGUCCUGCUACAGAACAACUGUCUAACCAUGCCAAGCAGACCUACUUUACCAUGCCACCUCUCAGCAACAACCAAUCCCACCCACAAGGAUAUAGGUAUCGCCCAAAUUUACCAUCCUGUAAGCCUACAGAUAUUCAACACGAAUUUCCAGCGAAUAUUGUAACUCAACCAACAUGCAACCAAAGAAUUGUUCAUACCAUGAGUGAUAGUCCACGGCUAGCCCACAGAGUUAAUUUCAGCCUGGCCAACUGCCAAAAUAAGGUAGAAGAAGGAACUAAUCAACUAAUUGGAAGGAGGAGUGUGUCACCAGCCAGAAGUCCUGAGAUGGCUUGUAAACUAGUGGAGGAAGCCACCAAACUCUCCAUAUAUAUGGGGGCAAGCAGGACUCCGUCCCCAACUCCUUUAUCAUCAGACACAGUGAGGCCUGACAGCCCCAUGUUAGGGCACCAUUCCAGAGAGGCUCAACUCGAUGAUAGCUUUUUGGGCUCUGGAGGAAAGACUCACUCUGACGGCAACCCUCCAGUUCCGAAGCACAACUGGAAGCAAGAGUCUAUCAAGACUACUCUCCAUUCUUGUCAGACUCUUUUGCCCCACAUAGGAAGUACAUCCCCUGUAGCUCCAGCAAGGUUGCACUGUCUGGAUGUAAUCUCUCCCUCUCCCAUACAAGACCCACGGAUAGAGAGAACACAGUUGGGUGUAAAUGACAGUCCCACAAUGCAUCGACACCAGCCUCCCCAAAACACAAGAUACAAUUAUACUUCUGGAAAUGAGGACAGGCAGUUUGAGACACCCUAUAACAGAGGUCUUAAAGACAGACCAGAUAUCAGCAGGAGAACUUUCACAAGGCAUAACACUGAGACACCACUGAGUUGGACCUCUCAGCAAAUGCAUAGGAGAGAGGAAUGCUCAGCUAGAGAAAAUGAGAACAUUAGGGAGGUGGAAAAUCAUAAAAGGAAAAGUCCAGUUAUACAGGGUUGUCAAGAUAAUAAUUUUUGGGUUUCAGUAGAUCACAAUGAGAUAAAAUGUGAAAAUAGGGCUAACAGGGAGUGGAGUGGUACAGCAUCAAAGAGCUCCAGUGGAGUCAUGGUCAGCCUUUUAGAGAGCACUCUGCAGAAGAUAGAUUUUACAUCCUCAGAGACAUCGAGCAAAACCAGCCAGAAGAGUUCUGACUCUGGAAACACAGGCAUACAGUCUGAAAGUGGAUUGCGGCCAUCCUUGCACUCUCAGAAGACUGCACGUGCCAAAUGGGAGUUCCUGUUUGGGACCCAUUCAGAGGACCAACAUGAUUCAAAAGGCUCCUCCAGUGGCUGUUCCAGUGAGUCUCCUGCAUCCAAUCAACCCUCAUCUACGUCUUUAACUGCACAUGAUGUUCAGCAUGUAGAAGUGGAGUUGAUCAACCAUGCCCCUGCAAUGGGGUCUUCGCCUAAGAAGACCUGCAGCAUCAAACAGACUGUGAAAUAUUCAGAGACAGACAUAGAUGCAGUGCCCUUAUGCUGUUACAGGGAAACAGACUUAGAUGAAGUGAUUCUGGCAGAACAGGAAGAGGUGGACUCUGCCUUUGGCAGUAAUCGGAGUGUGCUAGGGACCUCAGGCACAAGCAGCAGCAGUCCGCUAGAGGGAGACCUGUGCCCACAUUCGGAUGGUGAGGAGGAGCUGCAGGAUGAGGAGGUGGUAAGCUGGGCCAGCGUGAGGAUGCAAGGCGACAAAAAGAGGCAAAAUGCUGCACCUGAGUGGGAUGAGGUGUUUAGCCGAUUGCUGAGGGGUCCCCCAGACAGCCAGCCUGACAGCCAGACGGCUUUGAAAUCUCCUAUCUCUGUGACCAGCCCCUGCAGGACCUCUUCAGAUGGCUUGGACUCUUUCAGCAGGCACUUUGAGAGUAUUAUGGAGUCACACCGUGCCAAGGGAACCUCCUACAGCAGUCUGGAUAGUGAAGACAUAACCCCCAGUGGCACACCAGUCUUCACCUUUGACUUCCCGACCCUCACGCCUGAGAUCCAGAGCAAGAUCUGUGAAAGUGCCAAGCAGAUCAUUGAACUGAGCUUUGCUACUCUGGCUUGCCCGGAAUCACCCACAGUGCCUGACCCCAAAGAGCGUGCAACCUCUCAGGCCAGUCUAUAUGAAGAAGAGAGUAAAUCCUGCAGUGGAUCCUGCUCUGAUAAAGCCCAUUGGCCUGAUUCUGAUGCAGAUGCUGUCAUAAGGCACUGUAAACACCUGUAA